AUGGGUGUGUGUGGCGAAGGGCGGUUCCAGUGUUCCAGCGGCGAAUGCGUGUCGAGGCGGAAGGUGUGUAACGCUGAGGUCGACUGUCCUGACGGAUCCGACGAAUUCUGUCGCAACUUCACCGACUGCCCCGCCCCUCGGUCGCACUACUGCUCAUCCGGGGAGUGCAUUGGCCUCCACCAGAUAUGCGACGGAGAGCUAGACUGUCUGAGUGGAGAGGACGAGCUCUCUUGUCAAUGCCCAAACUUUAAAUGUUUGUCAGGAGAAUGUUUAAGUCCGUUUGAUGAGUGUGACGGCAGACGAGACUGCAAAGACGGUUCAGACGAACACUGUGCUCCGCCCAAUGGAGACCCAUGUCCACCUUCCCGCCCAUUCCCCUGCAAUGAUGGCGAAUGUAUUUAUGAUUUCCUUUUGUGUGAUGGUUAUGAACACUGUACUGAUGGCUCUGAUGAAGACCUUAAAGUCUGUGCAACAUCUGAUUGUUUCACUUGCGAUUCUGGAGAAUGUAUAAAUCCUAGACUUCGAUGCGAUGGAGUAGAUGACUGUGAGGAUGGUUCUGAUGAAAACGAUUGCCGGCCCUUUGAAUGCCCUGAGGACAGCUUUCACUGCACUUCUGGUGAAUGUUUGGAUACGGACGUAGUCUGCAACGGCCGAGAAGAAUGUCGAGACGGAAGUGAUGAAGCGUCUUGCACGUCUUCCUCAUGCCCCAUGUCGAGACCACUCUUUUGUUCUUCAGGAGAAUGCAUUUCUUUCUGGCAAGCGUGUAAUGGAAAUUUCGAUUGCAGGGACCGCAGCGAUGAGAGUAGGUGCCCAGAUAUCCCAUGUCCUCCUCACAGAGAUUUUAGGUGUGCAGCUGGACAAUGCCUAGACCUCUUUUUCGACCCUCAGUGCGAUGGCAGAGAGUCAUGUGCUGACGGCAGUGAUGAAGCGAGUUGUGACUCCUUCCAGUGUCCCGCAGAUCGAUCCUACAAAUGUGAUUCGGGGGAAUGUUUGUAUGAUUUUGAUUAUGAAUGUGACGGCGACAGAGACUGUAAAGAUGGAAGUGAUGAGAACAAUUGCGAUAUAACUGGUCCCUGUCCGGAGAGUGACGACUUCCGAUGCAGUUCGGGUGAGUGCGUGUGGAAUGACAAUAGGUGCAACGGAAGAAUAGACUGUGUUGAUGGCAGUGACGAAACUGAUUGCCAAACUUUCACGUGUCCUGAAAACCGCCCUUUCCAAUGUGGAUCAGGCGAAUGUUUGUAUGAAUUUGAUGUUUGUGAUGGACGGAUUGACUGCAAAGAUGGAGAUGAUGAAAGCAACUGCAAGGACAUAGAAUGCUAUGGUGAUGGUAUCAACUGUGGGUCUGGUGAGUGUAUCUACAGCUGGAACCGAUGUGAUGGAUAUCCAGACUGCCGAGAUGGCAGUGACGAAGCCAAUUGCGACGAAUUCACGUGUCCUGCCAUUCGCCCAUUCCACUGCGCCUCCCGGGAAUGCCGACGCCCCUACCAUCAGUGUGACGGCUUUGUGCAGUGUGCUGACGGAAGUGACGAAGUCAACUGUGCUAACUUCACGUGCCCAGAAUACCGGCCCUUCAAAUGCGCUUCGGGAAUCUGCAUCACCAUCUACCAAGUGUGCAACGGGUUCGAUGACUGCGGAGACGGAAGUGAUGAGGUCGACUGCCAGGAUUUCAAGUGUCCUCCUGAGACAGCCUACCAGUGCCUAGAAGGAAAUUGUAUUCCUGUCCGUUUUGUGUGUGACGGGAAGAGGAACUGCCUUGGAGGCGGUGAUGAGGAAGACUGUGAGAACUACGAGGUGAAAUGCCCAAAAAAGUUCAAGUGCGAAGCUGAUAACAGAUGUUUCAGUUUGUCAUGGGUAUGUGAUGACUUUGAAGACUGUAGUGAUGGAUCAGAUGAGGAAAAUUGCAAUUGAGAGUCGUAUGCCUAAAAUGUUAAUGGCGAUCGUUCAGUGUACCAUGUAUUUUCACGUCCUGAAUACUAAUUUUAUCAGAAAUCAA